AUGGCCAAAGUCAAUCCAUUAACAAAAAUAAUCAGUUUAUCUUCUAUUCUUGCUGUGGGCUUUCUUUUUAUUGUGUUAGCAGGAGCCAUCUUUGGAAACUGGCUACCUAUCAUAAUAGGCGCUAUAUUUGCCCUUUCACACAUCCCAUUGAUUGUUUGCAAGUCGUUGAAUAGCAAUGGCUACAUUGACGAUUUAAGUGAAUCCUCCACAUAUAUUAUUGAUUUCGGUAGAUGGUUGUCAAGUUUUUUAUUAAUAAGUGGCUUUGCUUUGUCAAUAUUAUUAAGCCAUUGUCAUAUCAUUACCUUUUCAUCCAUGGUACUAACAAUAAUAGGUGGUUUGUUGAUAUACGGAACUGUGGUUUACUUUACUUCUUUUUUUGAUUCUAAUCAGAGCGAUGAAUUUGAAAUUUAA